AUGGCUUUCCACGUCUCACCAAGAGAGAACAGUGGAUGUGUGAAUGGCACGUGGACGUCACAAGAACAAUGUGCCUGCGACCCUGGUUAUACUGGAUCCAGCUGCGAUACGGCUAUCUGCAGCAGCGGCUGUGUCCAUGGAACAUGCACGGCACCGGAACAAUGUAGUUGCUACAGUGGGUUUACAGGAAAUAGCUGUGACACAGAUAUCGAUGAAUGUUUAACAAAUAAUGGAGGAUGUCAGCACACGUGUGUGAACACAGCCGGUAGCUACUACUGUACCUGUCGGACUGGGUACCUGCUCUCACAAGGACAUGACUGUGAAGACAUAAAUGAGUGUUCGGUUGGAAACGGUGGCUGCCAACACAACUGUAUCAACACAGAGGGAAGUUACAGCUGCUCCUGCAGAACUGGCUAUCAACAAGCUGAACGAAGCUGCUACGACAUUGAUGAGUGUUCUUCCAAUAACGGCGGCUGUCAGCAUGUAUGUCGGAACACAGAGGGAAGUUUCCACUGUACCUGUAGGACUGGGUAUCAACUGGUGGGCACAAGCGAAUGUACAGACAUUGAUGAGUGCAGCAGUGAUAAUGGAGGCUGUCACCACAACUGUGUAAACAGUGUCGGGAGUUACAGAUGCACCUGUCGCCAUGGUUACCAACUAUCAGGGACAACAGACUGUGUCGAUGUGAAUGAGUGCCAAUCACUCCCGGACUGCCAUUUCUGCACUAACACGCAGGGAUCCUUCACCUGUUCCUGCAGACGUGGUCACCAUCUUGUCAAUGGGAAUGACUGUAGAGAUGAUGACCUAUUCCCGUACGGAGGAACUGGAGGUAAAAUCCAUCAAGGGAAACACUGUGUGCGGGAGCAGCUACCGAUAGAAGGGCUGCGAUUCUACAGUCGGCGUCAUCACUACAUAUACAUAUGCGACAACGGAAUCGUGUCAUUUGACUGGAUUCCGCGCCCAACGUAUCCCACAAAGCUGACAGAGACCCACUGGGCGGGGAAAGCGGUCAUUCCGCAUCUACCAGAACAACGGAAGACCAAGAUCUAUUACCAGUUCCAUCAAGUGGGGGACGGAGAUGCAGUUUCUGAAGAGGUUCUUCGCCGGGCUCAAGACCAUGGAAGGUUUACUCCGGGAUUCUAUGCACCAGGCUACGAGCCAGUGUGGGUUCUUGUUGUGACGUGGACCAACUUGUCCCCAGACUGUAGUGUGUAUCCAGGAGGACGAUGUCCUGUCAAUCAUGCUAGCCUACCGAUAAAUGACUUUCAGUUGGUCAUUUCCACGGACGGGACGUACUCAUUUGGACACAACAUCUACCCAACGAUGAAGAUUGAGUGGACCAGCGCUGGUGAACUGAACGGAAACCCGAACCCUGUAGCCCAUGCUGUUGGCGGAUACAGCUCAGGGGAAGGCACUGCUGUAGACCUACAGUACUCGGGCACCGCUAACAUGAUACGGUGGAGAUUCCACGCAGGUCCCUGGAGUUACGCUCUACAAGAAAUGGGGGAUUUCACAGUUCCACAGCAGUCGGUACUGCAAUGUGCGCAGUGGAUCAAAGAACAGAAUAUUCCUGACCCGACCAGACUCCCAGGUUACUACCGUAUCCCAGGACCCCGGUCCUGUCCCUGUAACGCUGAACAGGCAUUCUUCGACAACACGUACAGCUUUUCUGUCCGCCGUUCGGAGUCCUGUGCCAUAAGCCGCAGACGUGCCGUGGUGUACUACGGGGGGCGCAGACACGAGCUCCGCCGGACGUGCUGCUAUACUGCCUCGUGGUUCUGGAGGGAAUGGAGAAGGACGUGGUGGCGCCGGUCCUGGCGAUGGAGGGUCGCAGGAGGUAGCCUUAUGAGAGGACCAGCUGUGCUCAUCUAG